GAACCCUAGUGUCUAUCUAAUACCCAUUUCCAGUGAUUCGGACUUGCAUAUGACGGCCCUCGCCCUGGAACUCUGCUGCACCUUGAUGGCAGACAGGUCAAGCCCGGUUGUUGGUUUGGCUGUUAGAAACAAACUUCUUCCGCAAGCACUAACGUUAAUUAAGAGCUCAUUGCUUCCGGAGCAAGCCCUUUUGGUAAUUUUAUCUAUCUAACUGGUUGUCUUGAUCUAGAAACUUUGCUUGAGAACAUUCUUUGUUGGAUACUGCCGGCUUUGCAAAACUUUUUUGCUUCCUUGGUGUAUUCUGCAAACACAAGUUUUGAUACCUUACUAGACUUUCUGCUAUCAAGUGCUAAACCAUCUCCCCAGUCAGGUGGGGUUGCAAAACAAGAUUUGUAUUCAAUAGCUCAAUGUGUGGUUGUCCUUUGCCUUGCUGCUGGUGAUCAGCAAUGUUCAUCUACCGAGACAUGCUAACUGAAAUUCUCAAAGAUGACAGCAGUACAAAAUUCAACUAAGCAGCACCUUGCUUUGCUGUGUCUCGGGGAGAUUGGAAGGAGGAAAGAUCUAAGCUCCCAUGACCAUAUAGAGAAUAUUGUCAUUGAGUCCUUUCAAUCUCCUUUUGAAGAGAUCAAAUCUGCAGCCUCCUACGCUCUUGGCAAUAUUGCUGUUGGUAACCUGCUCAAGUAUUUGCAUUUUAUUUUGGACCAGAUUGACAGUCAACAGAAAAAACAGUAUCUCUUGCUUCAUUCUCCGAAGGAGGUCAUAGCUAUAGAUAAAGCAGAGUUUCAGGAUUCGAGUGUUGAGAAGAAACUUAAUUUACUUUUUAAUCACUGUGAAAGCGAGGAAGAGGGUGUUCGCAAUGUAGCAGCUGAGUGUGUGGGUAAAAUUGCACUUAUUGAACCUGCAAAACUUGUUCCUGCACUUAAGGUAUUAUCUGGUCAAAUGACCCUGUGCCUUCUCCAUAAGAUUAUGAGUAAAGAGUAUUUUUAACUUUUAUUUUUAAGUA